AUCAACCAACCCCUGGCUUCUAUGGCAGAAUCAUACAGAGACUUAAAAGGUUGGGACGUGGGAACUAGUCUAGGGGGUAUGCCUACAGUACCCAACUAUUCCUUAUCAAACAACAUAACCGGAAAUCCUGCAUGUCUACAAUCAAACGCUUCUUCCUAUUCAUGUAUGCUCCCGGAUAUGUUGGAAUGGUACAAAGAAGGUCUUAGCAGAAUAAAGUCAGACAUGGAACCGAACCUUGAGUACGAUACUAAGGAUACUGGAAAUAUGCUGGAAACCUCACGUGCUUGGCAAGAUUAUGUAUCAGGAACGGCCAGAAGUUACGACCCCCUCACGUUAAGUAACUAUUCGCGGUCUUCUUGCAAUCCAGCUGCAGGGAUGCAAUCUCACAUGACGUCGCACUCCACUAACGGAGCUUCGACAGGUAAUUGGCACUCAAUGGCUGGCGGUGGAUUUCUAUAUUUCAUGUAGAUGCAUCAAAUAUGGUUAUGUGUGUCUUAUCUCACCAGGAGUAUCGGUACCAAUACAGGUGCCGGGUGGAGGUCCACAAGAUAUGAGCACGCAUCACAUGACUUCCAUGACGUCACAAUACUGGCCACGCCUACAGUGAACGGCGAAAUACAAGAUUCAUUUGUCCCCACCACCCCCGCUGCCCUCAUUGUCUCCCUAACUCUCCAAAUUCCUCCCCACCAUUCUCUCCACCGCCAUAUACACAAUUUUUUCUCCCAUGACUCCCUCUCCGUUUUUCCUCCACUUCAAAAUAAUUAAGUAUGAUGAUGGUAAUGAUAAUAAAUGAAGAAAACUGAGAUACGCAGGAAAUGAAGGAACUUUGUGUAACACUGACAUCAACAAAAACAGAGGUAAUAACGAGAAUUAAACAACAAGAACGACAACAACUAUUAUUAUUAUUACCAUUGACACUACUGCUUCCACUGCAACCGUUUGAAACGAAAUGAAUAUCCAACGACACACUAACGAAGUUACAACAAACAACAUUUUAUACUGAGAGUUGCGUAACACAACAUAAUGCAACAUAAUACGAGAUAUAUUUCAAAAAACAUGAACGAAAUGAUAAUGCACAGGAACAAGAGCAACAAAACAUUAAUUAAAUGCACAAUAUGUAAAAAAAAUAACGAGCGUGAGAUGAGGAGAGGUCACGUGAAAGUGGCACUUAUGAGGACAACAACAAAACAGAAACAAACCAAACAAAACUUCUAAGCAAUUACUAUCAAGCCUUUGGUCAGGGUUUCGAUUCCGCCAAAUGACAGUGCUCUCUGUAUUUCCACUAUAUACACAUGUAUAUAUAUAUAUAUAUAUAUAUUCACACACAUAUACACUUACAUCUAUAUAUACUUAGAAGUAUAUUCCUGUUUCUCUGUCUAUAUAUACAUACACACACAUAUAUAUACAGGUUUCUCUAUAUGGGUAGUGUGUAUAUAUAUGUGUGUGCAUGUAUAUAUAUAUAUAUAUAUAUAUAUGACGGAUGAGGAUUUGGUUUUCAGAGACGGUAGAGGCUGGCUCUUCAGGAAUUCUUUUGGUUGCAGGGGAUGGUUGGUCAGAGAGAGAGAGUGACGCAGGGUAGCAAAAGGCAUAGUUAGGAAACAAAGAACUAAUGCAAGCUCCAAAAUAAUUGACAAUUAAAAGAAAACAAUUGAAUAAUAAAAACAAUAACAGAAACACUGAUAACAACAACAACAACAACAAUAUAUAUUACUUAAUAUAACACUGCAGCGUAAUAAUAAGGAUAUAUAUAUAUAUAUAUAUAUAUAUAUAUAUAUAUAUAUAUAUGUGUGUGUGUGUGUAUGUAUGUAUGUUUUGACGUAAUUUUUUGACAUAAUAUUAACAUGCCAUUAACAUGACAUUAGCAUUGCAAAAAAAAAAAAAAAGAAUAAAGAUUAACCACAAAAAAAAAGAAAUAAAAUAUGAAAAUUACGUUUACGUAACAAAACGUCGUGGAAGGUCACGUGACAACGUUUAAGUCUCUGAUGAUGAUGAUGAUGAUGAUUAUGAUGGAUGAGUAUGAUGAUGGCGAUGAGAAUAGCUGUGUUUGGAUUAAUAAUAAUAAUAAUAAUAAUGGUUUCUUUUAUUAGCUAUGAUGGCUUGAGACGUUGGUUGGACGAGAACAAUGCAGGAAGGAUUCUGUAAUAAUAAUGAUAAUAAUAUUUUUUUAAAAAGUGGUGUGCUUUGGCCUCACCCAGCUGUUUGUCUCUCAGAGCUAACAGCAUUAUGUUGUAAGAAAAUCAUUAUGCCCCCAGGGUGGGAGUCGCAAAUCUAACCCACCACCGCAACAAUAAUAAUCCUUUCUACUAUAAACACGAGGCCUGAGAUUUGGGGGAGGGAGCAGGAUAGUGGAUUACAGCGAAUCCAGUGUGCUCGACUGAUACUUAAUUUAUCGACCCCUAAUGGAUGAAAGGCGAAGUCGACCCCAGCGGAAUUUGAACUCAGAACGUAAAGUCGGACGAAAUGCCGCUGAACACUUUCUUUUCCUCGCGCCAGCUUCUCGCCUUAUAUUUGAUAAUAAUAGUAAUGAUUAUGUCGGUAGUAAUUUCUUUUAUUAGCUACAGGGGCAUAGCUGAGGGGGAAAUCACAAGAAAGGACAACAAUUUGUGCGGGGAUUUGCAUAAAAGAUGGAGAGGAAGAGAGGGGAAUAACACGGAAUACAAAUUAUAAGAUAAGGUGAGUGAUGUAGUCCUCCCAGUAGAGAAGAAACUCCAUCUAAGAUAGUUCAAGGGACCCGACAGAUCCAGAGUUACCCUGACCACCAAAUGCACAAGCCCUCUCUCCUGCUCUCCAAUCUACAGGCAUAUACUUAGAGUAAGGCCAAUCACUCUAACCAUUUUUUUUUGCCAUAGUCACACAUCUUUUCACAAAUUCACUGUGAAAUAAGUGAUUAUAUUUCAUGAAAAUUAAUGUUGCCCUUCCCAAGUAAAUAAGUUAUAAGAUUAGCCCUCUCCCGGCCCUAGUGGCCAAUAAAUGAAUUAAUAAUAAAAAUUAUUAAGGUGGAGAGCUGGCAGAAUCGUUAGCACGCUGGACAAAAUGUCUGACGGCGUUUCUUCUCGUUUUACGUUCUGAGUUCAAAUUCCGCCGAGGUCGACUUUGCCUUUCAUCCUUUCGGGGUCGAUGAAAUAAAUAAGUACCAGUUACGCACUGGGGUCGUGUAAUCGACUUACCCCCUGUCUCAAAUUUCAGCCUUGGGUCUAUAACAGAAACGAUUAUUAUUAAAGCGGUGAGCUGGCAGAAUCGUUAGAGCGUCGGACAAAAUGCGUAGCCACAUUUCGUCCGUCUUUACGUUCUGCUCAGCUGGAAAUGGGUGCCAGCCAAGUAAUGGCACUCCUUUUUCUAUCACUUCUUCCAGUUGUCAUAUACAGAGUGCCGCUGGGUCAAACGGUGAGACACUGGAGAGUAGAGCGUGAAAGUGUCGCUGGAUCAAACGGUGAGACGCGUGAGAGUUGAGCGAGCAAGUGCCACUGGGUCAAACAGCGAGGCACGUGACAGUACAGCUUGGUCAAACAGCGAGGCAUGUAAGAGUAGAGCGGGAAAGUGCCGCUGGAUCAAAUUCCGCCGCGGUCGGCAUUGCCUUUUCAGGGUUGAUAAAGUAAGUACCAGUUGUGUACUGGGGUCGACGUCAUUGACUCUUCUGCCAAAUUUUAGUUAUUGCACCAAUAACAGAAGUUACUAUUAUUAUCAUUAUUUCAUAUAUGCAGGCAGUCUUUUUAAAUACAUACCAGCGAUUAUCUGGGGGAGUUUGAUAAAAUCAACUAUGCCCGCCCUCAAAUAUUAUAUGGUAUUGUAACUAUUUUAGGCCGACUGUGAAUGCAACAUGGUUGAGUGGUUAGAAUGCUUGCCUUUGUUAAUCACACAGGAAUGAGUUCGAUUCCGUUCGGCACCAUUAACCAAAUCCUCAGGUGCACCAGAGUUUUGUGAGUGAACUCAGAUGGAGAAAAAAAAAACUGCGUUGAAACCCACUAAAGUCAUUGUAACUAAAGUUAUGAAAUACCUUGUGGUAUUUAUCUCAGUUCUUUGCGGUAUUAUUCAAAAAUCCCAUCGAGGUCAACUUUACUGUUUUAACCGUUUCGGGGUUGACAAAAUAAAGUACCAGUCAAGAACUUGGGUCGAUGGAUCGUCUUAUUCCUUCCCCUCAAAACUGCUGGCCCUAUGCUUAAAUCAGAAACCAUCAUUGUUAUUUGGUUAAUUAUAAAUCAGUAUUAUUUAAAAUAGCUAUAAUUUUCUAUAUAUAUAUAUAUAAAAGGCCAAGUCGUGUUUUUUUUCUUUUGUUUAUUGGUGAAAGGAGAAUGCUAUGGUUAUAACUGUGCUGAGAGAGAGAGAGAGUUACAUAGGGGUGGAUUAUACAAAUAGAUAGGAAAGAGACUGUCAGAAAGCGAUGGUGGAGUAGAUAAAUGGAUAGACAAAAAACUGACAGAGUGGCAGGGAAAGUAAGAGACAGAGAAAAAUAUUCAUCAGUCAACCAGUAAGCAUGAUAAUUAGUAGUCAUAUGAGCAGGGAAAACAAAAAGGCAAGAAAAUGGAGCAAGGCUUGAGCAGAAAGAUCAUAAUUAUAAUUAUUGAAAGGUUAAUCAAACCCCAUCGUUUUUGACGGGUACUACGCCAUUAUUAUUAACGACAAAAUAUGGAAUAGACAACAAAAGUAAUCCAGGUUAUAGAAUAGCUAGGAAUACUUAAAUUAGUGUGCUUGGAAAGUCGAAGAAUUGUCUAGAGAGCCUUUUUUUAUUUUCCUAAAGUUAGUUCUCCUAUUAUGGGUGCGCAAUCCGUGUAAAACGCUAUCAUUGAGAUAAAUGUUUGCAAAAACUUUCGAGUAAUGCAGGAGGGGGGAUUAAUCGAAACAAUGAAAAAGGGAUAUGAAUGAGAGAAAGAUAUUGUAUUACUUUACGUGCUUCAUAUAAUAAACCUGUAAUAUCUCGGGGUAAGUUCCUCUUUUCAAAUAAAAUAAAGUUGAAAGCGAAA